GAAUGUUGGAGUAAUAUUCUAAAUAUAUCGAAUGAUAUGGAUCGCCCACCUCCAUCAAAUGAAAACACAACAGAUAAAUCAAAAAAAGGAUUUAGAAAAUGGCGUCGAAAACAUGGAUUACAAUUUCCUCUACACCCCCAGCAGGUUCUAUGCUGGAUAUUCUUACUGACCUUUACUCUGUACACAUUUCUAACUCUCCUUCCCGCUGUGCACACUAGAGUGCAGUUGCCCCUGACUAUUCUGAGUAUAUUUAUCUUCAGUGUACACUACAUCAGCCAUCUUGUGUCUAUCCUUCUAGAUCCCUCAGAUCCAAACCUACUGGCACUGUACAGCAAGAAACCGGUUCCAGAGCUGGACAGGAGAAAGCACUCUCAUGUGAUAGAGAAUGGAAGAUGUAACCUCUGUAGUAUUUUCAUCACCAGUAACAAAACUAAACAUUGCUCAGUCUGCAAUAAGUGUGUACACGGGUUUGAUCAUCACUGUAAGUGGCUAAACCAGUGUAUAGGUAGGAGAAACUACAUAGCAUUCUUUAUUUGUGUCUUAAGCUCUAUCGUAAUAGCACUAGGUUUUGUAAUUCUUGGAUUAGGGGAGGUGAGCCUUUACUACACUGAUACUAAUCUCCUUGCACCAUGGCAGAAUUAUACACUUUAUCCAGAUUGCUCUUUUCCAUUCAACUCGUCACCUCUCCCUGUGCCUGGAGUGAAGGAUGGAUUGGAUGCUGGAGGAGAUCUAGGAGAAGAGGAAGAACUAGGAGAUGAUGGAGAACAGGUUGACGACAAGUUUGCAGAAAAUGAAACUAGUUUCUCUGUUCCUUCUUGGCGUAUAUCUACAGCUGUGCCAAUAAUAGAAAAUAAUUCGUUUGAACUUGACCCGUACCUUCCCCGUGUGUAUCCCUGUCACGAAAACCAGUUUCUGUUUUUUCUGAAUCCUGUUCCAGACUUUGUAUUCAUCACUACAACCAUUCUUAUGGUUUGUAUUGCAGCUGUAUCUGCAGGACUACUGAUGCAUCUAUGUAUCUUCCAUAUCUACAUAAACAUAAAUGAUAUGACAACAUAUGAUUAUGUCCGAGCCCAACGGCAAGAUACCAUCAGAGAAAGUUCGGCAAGAAAUGCUCCUUCAGCUCCCCCAGCUUCCUUAGUUCCCCCUGCUCUCCCUGCUCCCCCAGCUACUCCAUCCCGGCCUAGUUCCCCUGGGAAGUGUCCAGAAAUUCUCUUUGUCUGUAGUACCUGUACCUGUAAACAUCAUAGUAAAGUUGUUCCUUCCAUUACCCUUCAGGAGGACCCAAAACCAACAAUAGAGAAUAGGUUGGCAUUCCAGAAACCUCGGUUAGUGGUCAACCUUCAACCUCGGUCAGAAGUCAACCUUGAACCACAGUCAGAGCUAAACCUUGAACCUGUUCAAACAUUGACCUCUACUAACAAGAAUCUCACAUCUAUUCUUAAACGUGGACCGGAAAACAAAAUAUCUGUGAAUCCUUUAAGCAUAAAUAAAUUGAAGAAUGAAAUUGGACCAAAAGUUCCACCGCUACCAAGUAUAAUUCCUAGCUCAGGUGGAUUACGAAAAUUACAAUUCCUACUGGAGGGUGCAGAUGAAUCAAAGUUUACUCAGGUCACACGAGGUACUCCAGGUACUUCAGUAGAACAAGAAGAUGAUUCAGGGGUGGACUCUAGUCAAAACUCCAGGAGAGGAUGAGUUGGCUGCAGAGUAUAAUUCAGACUUUUUCACAAAUUGGAAUUGUUAAAAAAAUUUUACAUUUUUAAAUAAAAAAAUUAGUUGUACCUUACACUAUUAAAAGAACACAUUAUAUUUGGUUCGUGAUAUCAAACAUACAGAAAACAUUAAGAAUUGGAAAACAUUUGGUUCAAAAUCACAAACUUUAAUGUUAGGGAUAUAAAAAUGUGUCGGAUAUUCCUAACAAAUUCUCAAUUUAGAAAUUUAGUUUGUAAUUUAGAAAUAGUUUCUAUUGUCCGAUUUAACGAACGAAAUUUGUAACGGUGUUUAACAACAGGAUAUGCUUAUCAUUUAUAGGUUAUGCAAUGGUACUUGAAUCUAAAUCCUUUUAAUUAGG